AUGGGUAAAUUGAUACAUUAUGAUGAAGAGAGGCCGACCUUCAAGAUCUCAACCAACGCUGCUGAAGCAGUGAAGCAGCUUAGAUUGGACAUCGACGAAGUGGUCGAUGAUGUAAUUCCAGAUGGAAUUGUCCAGAAAUUAUGGAAGAGAUUAGCAGAGACCGGGACAAGUACAGCUCAGGAAGAGCCUGAGCAUAGGAAACCAGGGUGGUGGAAGGGGCUCGAUCCAAGAUCAACGGCUAAUCUUUUCUCCAACUCCAUCUGCAUCGGGGAGAAGAGCAUCAACGGCGUGAAUUGCUUCGUGCUAAAGCUGGAGGCAGAGGCUCGAACGCAGAGAGCGAGAAGCAGCAGCAACGCGGAGAUCAUGAGGUACACUGUGUGGGGGAGUUUCAGCCAGAGAAGUGGGCUAUUGAUCCAACUGGAAGACACUCACUUGCUGCAGAUAAAGGCGCCUGGAGACGGACACGAUGUGUUCUGGGAGACCACGAUGGAGUCGGUGAUCCAAGACUACAGAACCGUGGAAGGCGUCAACAUAGCACACUCGGGCAGGACUUGUGUCUCCCUGUUUAGAUUUGGUGAGGACUCGCGAGGCCACAUGAGGACGAGAAUGGAGGAGAUUUGGAGCUUGGAGGAGGUGGAUUUCAACAUCAAAGGACUAUCCAUAGACUGUUUCUUGCCACCUGCUGAUUUGGAGAGGGAAGAUGAAGAUGAAGAUGAAGAUGCCAAGAACAAUAAUGGAGGGUUGUUGCCUUCGAGGAAUAGGAUUCUUGGUAGUAAAGGUGGGAGGAAAAUUGUGGCUAUUCAUGAAGAGGAUAGUUUGGAAAUGUUUGCAGUAGAUGAUGAGAUGUAUUGUGAUUAA